AUGAACUUCGUGCGCGACGUCGCGCACUCACUCGAGCGCACACUCGGUAUUUCCUCCGCGGACGACCUAGACCUCAGGCGUACCGACGUUGCCGCCGUCUCGCACGCGCUGGGCGAGCUCGGGAGAUUACAAUCUGAGCUCUCUCGCUCGGCGCCCUCUGUAGACGCUUCGGACGUCCAGAAGGCGCGAUUCACCGCGACUUGGACCUUGGCGCACAGCGCUGACGCGCGACACAACACGCGAGCGAUUCAGAUGUUGGAGUCGAACGGAAGAGGAGAAGCUGAAAGCGUCGAGCGCAGGGCGGAGCGGUGGCGAGACGACUUCGGCGAGGCGGCGACGGAUCGAGACUUACACUACCUGAGAGCAGUCGCACACUACAACGGAAGGGAUUACGAAAAGGCUCGAGCGGCGGCGUUCGAUGCACUGCGCUGCGAUCCGGAGUGUCGGCAGGCGGCGGACGUGCGAGAGGCGGCGGAGGAGGCGCUCGCGCGAGACGGUUUGGUCGCCGCGGGAGCGAUCGCGGCGGUCGGGCUGGCGGUGAUAGGGGCGGCCGCCGCGACGUCGAAAAGGUGA